CUACCUGCAUCACAUUUUGCCUGAUUGUAGUCCAUAUGUAGGCAACAGGUACAAAUAUGGACUAGCCUUUAUAACUAAUAAUAAUGGAGGCUACAGAUGUAUUGGUGAUUAGGCCACAUCAGGACCACAAUAUGACAUAACCCAGCUGCAGCCAAUUAUGCAAUGCAUGCCUUUCUCAGAUGCAGGUGGUAGCUAAAGUACUCAGGGCCCUAUUAAAUCCCACUCCACUUCCUCCCUUACCUUCACUGAGCUCAACUGGAAUUAAAGGCCACCUGACUGCAGGCGUUCAGCUUGAACAAGCCCUUUGGUUUGCACAGCUGUGGUGAACCAUGAGAGAGGAGAAAUGGUUGAUCACAUUCCGUGUUAUUUUUUAAUACAUGCUCUUAUGGAUCAUUUAUUGCCCGUGGUUUGGCUUAGACUUCAAUUUGUCCUGCCAUUGCUGACUCUUGUAAGCGUCAGCUGUUCUGGAAUAAGAUAGCUGAGAUUGAUAAUGAUCCUUGUUUGAGGCCUGCUCUCUCAGCCCCGUCUGACCCUAUAGUAAAGUGACACCACCAGACACUAUCUGAGGUCAAGAGGGAGCGGCGCAUCAUAGCCUGUUCGGGUGUGAGGGGCCACCGAGAGAGAGAGAGAGUGUGAGACUUGGAGGUAUAGGCUUCCACUGACUGCUUACGGAGUAUAUUGGUCAACAUUAACAGAAGAUGGAUGAUAUGAAUGGCUUCAUCAUCAAUGAAAAAUGACAUGAUCUAUACAAGACCACGAGACAGGGAGGUGAAGGAGAAAUGGUGUGAUGCACCUUUAACAGUAGAGGUCCUAGAAACUGCAGCUGGCUUAACUAGAUUAGAGUUAAUUCGAUUGGAGGACGUCUUGUGAUGGCUCUGUAGAUGUGCCCUAAUCAGCAGGAGGACAAGGAGGAUGAGAGGGAUGAAGGCUCACAUUUAACAUUCAUAUAUGGACAAUGGUGUGGCCUUUGUCUCUGUUAUAAGCCAAGUCAGAGUGAGAGGACUCCAUACAAGGAGCCAAGAGGUCCGUUUGGAUUCGUAUUCCACAGAUCGUUUUCUUAACACAAGAGACUUGGUCCACAGAAAAGUCUGCACUCUGCAACUUAAGGCCCAACACCAUGACGGAACACCAGGAGCAGAAUGACGAGGGAGUCCUCAUCUCAACACAGGACCUGGAGACCUCAAAACACCAGGAUACUCAAGGAGGCCAUCCACAGUUCAGGUUGAUUGACGACCUGUCAUAUGAAGAUGUGAAGAAAUGCUACAGGGGUUCGACUGUCAGCAAGUACAACUCGCAGUACCACAAACUCUUCCAGUGCGUUCCGAAGGACGAGAUCCUGAUGAAAGUAUACUCCUGCGCUCUGCUCCGAGACAUCCUGCUGCAAGGACGUCUUUAUAUCUCCAGGAACUGGCUGUGUUUCUAUGCCAACCUCUUUGGCAAGGACAUCAAGGUUGCUAUCCCCGUGGUCUCUGUGAGGCUGGUAAAGAAGCACAAAACAGCAGGUCUGGUGCCCAACGGCCUCGCCAUCACCACAGAUACCAGUCAGAAGUAUGUCUUUGUGUCUCUGCUGUCCAGGGACAGUGUGUAUGAUGUGCUCCGGAGGAUCUGCACACACCUUCAGGUCAAUGGGAAGAGUCUGAGCUUGAAACACUACAUGGAGGUUCCCCAUACCUUAUCUCUGGAUGAGUUCCCGGUGGCGGAUGAGUUCCCGGGGGCGGAUGAGUAUCCUCCGGUGCUGAAGUGGAGGAGAAAACCCUCUGUGGUGUCCGUGUCCUCGUCCCUCCCUGACCUCCUGGGUAGCUCCACCGGUAGCCUGACUGCGGUGGACUCCUCCUUCCAGACAGAACAGCCUCUGGAAGACCGGGGCUCAGAGACAGAGAAGAUCCUACUAACAGAGCCUGUUCCAGAGCUGGGCCCGAUGGAGUAUCAGCUUCUCAAGUUCUUCAUCAUACUAAUCAUCCUCCUCAUCCUGUCUUCCUGUUACCUGGCCUUCCGUGUCUGCAGCCUGGAGCACCAGCUGUCCUUCCUCAACAACCCAACACGCCCCCCCCGAGAGAGGAUUUUACUUCACUGUAGACUAGAAGAGGGCAAACCCCCAACUCCACCAUUUUGUUGUAGGUCAGAGACAAUGGCAGGUGAAAGACAAUGGCAGGUGAAAGACAAUGGGCAGGCCGAUUGAAGAGCCAGAAAACUACACUCAAACCAAUUGUGGAUGGACUGAAAAGCCAGAGAUUGGUGGAAAUGGCUGGGAGUCAGGACUGGGAAGGACUCUGAUUGGUGGAGGGAUAGGUGGAAAUGGUUGGGAGUCAGGACUGGGAAGGACUCUGAUUGGUGGAGGGAUUGGUGGAAAUGGUUGGGAGUCAGGACUGGGAAGGACUCUGAUUGGUGGAAAUGGCUGGGAGUCAGGACUGGGAAGGACUCUGAUUGGUGGAGGGAUUGGUGGAAAUGGCUGGGAAGGACUCUGAUUGGUGGAGGGAUUGGUGGAAAUGGUUGGGAGUCAGGACUGGCAAGGACUCUGAUUGGUGGAGGGAUUGGUCUGAUGGUUUUAAUGGAAGAUUUCUGGACAUGUUCGCCAACAUUAGAGUCAACUGUGUUUUUUCCCUCCUGUCAACUCAACCAGGAAUGAACUACAGGACUUCAGAGAAAAGUCAAAACCAGUCAUCUUUCAGAAAUAUAUAUAUAUAUAUGGGGUACUUUCAAGGAAAGGAUUUGGAUGCAUUAACACACUGACAGUGGAAGAAGCCAAUAUCGUUGGCUUUACAGAAUUUAAAUUUAACUUAUUUUUUUAUUUUAAUUUUAUUUUACUAGGCAAGUCAGUUAAGAACAAAUUCUUAUUUUCAAUGACGGCCUAGGAACAGUGGGUCAACUGCCUGUUCAGGGGCAGAACGACAGAUUUUUUACCUUGUCAGCUGGGGAAUUUGAACUUGCAACCUUCUGGUUACUAGUCCAACGCUCUAACCACUAGGCUACCUGCCGCCUAGUGGUUAGGAUCAGUCUACUAUUUCAAAUGUUCAUCGUCAUCAAUGAAGUCUAACUAUGAUGCCAUUCUAACAGGCAUGUUAUUCCUGGAAACCGGUGCAAUACAAUUAUGCAAAAUAUCCAGCCUAGACUGACUUUUUAAAUGUUGAAAUAUUGUCCUUUAACUCUGUUUGUUAUCAUGACACCACAGGUAUAUGUUUACCAUAAUGGGUAGGAUGGUACUUUUUCAUGUCUGAAAAAUAUAGUUUAGUAUAACAUCUUGUCUUUUGUUUUAAUUUGUAUAAAUGCCAGUUGUCAGCUUUGUAUUGUAAGCUACCUUUAGCCAGACACAAUGUGUCACAGUGAGUGAUCAGUCUCCUAUCUAAAUACUGAACACAGUCGUCUGAAUGACUAAACAAUGAAGACAUGGACUGAAGUGAACUUAAAGUGAACAGAUUCAACUUAAAAGUUCAAUCUGCAUUUCAGUCGGGAAGAAAACUAGCCAAAGAUUUAUAGUCAUUUUACUCAAUGUCUGAACAGAUGCAUUAAGAACAAACACACCCCACGUUGAUUAUUACAGUAAUAUUGUUGAGGAAACAGAGAUGCAGUAUGUAGGGUAUACUUUACUACUAUAACCAUCAGUAUGUCUUAUCUGGUCUGUUUUGGGUCUAAACACAUCUGCAGCUAUGUAAUAGUGGUCACUGAUCUUCAGUCAAUGGUGAAAGAACAAACUGUCCCUGUAGACUCUGAGAACAGAUGAAUCCUGUAACACCCCUGAACAACCCAUUACAGGACUAACACUGUACAACAUAACUGUGAAGGUUACUAAUAAACAGCCAUUUGAUCUUGAGAUGGUGUCACCUUUUUGGAAAACUCACCUGUCUUCACCGACGCAUGUACCAAGAGGUACUUUAUAUGUCCACCUCUUUCAGGGGCCAGCAGCAUUACCACCCUGCAUCCCACUGCUGGCUUGCCUCUGAAGCUAAACAGGGUUGGUCUUGGUUGGUCCCUGGAUGGGAGAACAGAUGCUGAUGGAAGUGGUGUUGGAGGGCCAGUAGCAGGUUCUCUUUUCUCUGGUCUAAACAAAAUGUCCCAAUGCCUCAGGGCAGUGAUUGUGGACAUUGCCCUGUGUAGGGUGCUGUUUUUCGGAUGGGAUGUUAAACCGGUUUCCUGACUCUGGUCACUAAAGAUUCCACAGCCCAUAUUGUAAGAAUAGGGGUGUUAACCCCAGUAUCCUGGCUAAAUUCCCAAUCUGACCUUCAUACCAUCAUGGACACCUAAUCAUCCCCAGCUUCCAAUUGG